AUGGCUCCAUACCUGAACGACGAAGAAAACGUUCAGCAGCCAUACGGCGACUGGAGGGAUGAGUUUUAUGAGAAGGGAUAUGUGGUACUCAAGGGUGUAGUUCCCAAGGAGCGAGCGUUGAAGUACCGGAACAAAAUGAUCGACUGGCUCGGCACAUUCCCCAACGACUUCGAUAUCAACAAACCAGAGACAUGGACGAAGGAAAACUUGCCCCAAAGCUUCAAGAACGGCAUGUACCUCAACUUCUGUGCUGCACACGAGAAAUAUGUCUGGGAGGCUAGGCAGGAACCGGGCGUUCUGGCUGCUUUUGAGAAGCUCUGGAACACAAAUGAGCUCAUUGUAUCUUAUGACACCAUCAAUCUCACACUACCAAACGCCGGAAAAAUGGGCGGCUCCAAACCAUGGCCACACGUCGAUCAGGCGCCUGAGCGACAGGGCUUGUCCUGCGUACAAGGCAUCAUCAAUCGUAAGUUCUCGUCUUUUCAGAUAACCCCACAGCUUACUAACAGUAAACUCCCAGUGUCUGAGGCUGGACCUAAAGAUGGAGGCCUGGUAGUCAUGGAAGGCAGCGCUAAGCUCUUCGACAAGUUCUUCAAGGAGCACCCACCGGACCGAACCAAGGGCCCAUUGGCAGCCCUUCAUUACGAUUUCUACCCCUUCCAGGACUCCGAUGUGAAGUGGUAUGAGGAUCGUGGCUGCAAAUCGGUCAAGGUUUGCGCCGAACCUGGUGACUUGAUCCUUUGGGAUUCACGGCAGAUGCAUUACGCUGUAUACCCUGAAACGGACACCAUCCGCACCAUCAUAUACGCCUGUUACACACCAGCGGCCAUGGCAUCCAAAGAGGAUUUGGAGAAGAAGAAGGAAAUCUUCGAGAAAUGGGAAGCAACAACACAUUGGCCGCACAUCAACAUCUAUUCACAAGGCAAAGCCAUGUGGUGCAAUGUCCACCCUCGGCAUUUGGGCACUACAAAUUGCGGACGACGCCAUGUAGUUGACGCUCAUCAACGCCCUCUCAUCAUGGCUGCUCACGACCCCAAGUCCGAGGCCAGCGCUCACAUUGAAAUUAUUGAUGCGCACAAAAAGGCUGCGAAACCCGUCGUGGGUACCGUCAAGCUCUUCGAUGACGACGGCAUCGUUCUCAUCCCGACUCCGACCAGAGAUCCCAAUGGUGAGCCACAGCCAAGCGGAUAUCCUCUAAAUCUUCCGACAUGGCAAAAGUAUCUCAUCCUUGUCAUAGUCGGCCUCUUCGCAGCGUCCGCCAACCUCAUGGCAAGCGGAAUCAGUGCCAUUCUGCCUAUAGUAAAAGCGUCAUACCAUGGAGAUCCAAAGACAAGUGACCUCGCGACUUGGCCGGCAUUCUUCAUGGGUGUCGGAAACCUAAUUGCGAUCCCGGUUGCUCAUGCUGUCGGGCGAAGGCCAGUGUACCUCAUGUCGACAAUUGUCUUGUCUUUCGGCUGCCUCUGGUGCGCAUGCAGCGGCAGCUUGGCCUCGCAUAUUGCCGGGAGAGACAUCAUGUCCAUCGCUGCAGGCCAAGCUGAAGCACUCUGUCCUAUCAUUGUGCAAGAGAUUUUCUACUUGCACGAAAGAGGAAAUGUGAUUGCUUGGUUCUGCGCACUCCAGACGCUUGGUACGGCAGCGCUAAUUGUUUCGAGCUCGUACCUUGCAAAUGAUCUUGGCUGGAGGUGGUGGUAUGGCGUCUUUGGCUGCCUAAGUGGAGCUAUCGCUGUUCUCAGUAUCAUCUUUGUUGCCGAAACAAAGUACGAGCGCACGCUGGAAGCACUGACUGGCGAAGGUAUCGAUGAGGAUGGAACGCUAGUUCCAGUGACGACAAACACUAAGCACAUGCUACCCUGGAAAGGCCAUGCAAACUGGUCGGAAGCAAUCACCUGCUGGAAGCAGAUGAUCCAGAUCAUCUGGUUUCCCAACAUUCUUUGGCUGUCCUUGAUCAACUCUGUGACUCUCGGCAUCUAUGUGCUCAUGUCAGCACUAUUUGCCGGUAUCCUGGUACAGCCCCCAUACCUGUGGAACUUUGAUAUGCUUGGCUACGUGUUCGCUGGACAAGUCGCUACUGCCGUCGCGGUUCCUUUCUUCUGCGGAUACUUGAGCGACUUGGUAGUCAAAAUUCUGAGCAAGAGGCAUAACGGCGUCAGUCAACCCGAGUAUCGUUAUAUUGCCCUCAUCAUCCCACUAUUAUCCACACUCAUAUCGACAAUCAUUUUCGGCAUGACUGCGCAGAACCCCAAGGAUUGGAGCUGGGCAGGUAUCGCUGUUACACUCAACUUUGAGUACUUUGGCUUCGUUGGUGUCGUCGUAUCCAGUUUCGUCUACUGCAUGGAUGCCUACCCUCAACGUAUUGACGCAGCCCUUGUUCUCAUCUGCUCUCUGAGAGGUUUCAUCGGCUUCGGAAUCUCAUUUGGCACUGUCAGCUUUGUGGAGAAGGCCGGGUAUGAAGGCGCAUUUAAUAUCUGCGCAGGUAUCGUGGCAGCCUCGAUGGGUCUGGGUAUUCCUAUAUACUUCUUUGGCUCAAAGAUCCGUGCCAUUACCCAAAAGUAUGCUCAGGAUGAUUGAGUAUUGUUCGGACGUUACCUAGGUGUGUUUGGCAAAUUGUUAGUUUAUAGCGUGACAAAGCAGGUGACUGGCAUUGAGGAGCUGUUGUAUAUAUAUAUGUAUCUCUCUAAAUAGAGUCAUGAGAAAUGAACUCCAUAUUUGAA